AUGGCUAGUACUAGAGACAAAGGAAAAGGCAUAGAAGAAGGAUCGUCUCAAACGCAACCGCAAGAACCGCAAAAACCGGAAUCACCUCCUAACCCGCCACCGCUAAGCAGGUACGAGUCACAGAAACGGCGAGACUGGAACACGUUCUGUCAAUACCUGCGUAACCAGCAGCCUCCAGUCCACAUCUCACAGUGCGGCUCGAACCACAUCCUCGAUUUCCUCCAGUACCUCGACCAAUUCGGGAAGACAAAGGUUCAUGUCCACGGAUGCGUUUUCUUCGGACAAGUUGAGCCGGCGGGACAGUGUAACUGUCCUUUGAAACAGGCGUGGGGGAGUUUAGAUGCGUUGAUCGGACGGCUGAGAGCGGCUUACGAGGAGAACGGAGGAUUGCCGGAGAGAAACCCGUUUGCCGGAGGAGGAAUAAGGGUUUUUCUGAGGGAAGUGAGAGAUUCACAGGCGAAGGCAAGAGGAGUUCCGUACAAGAAAAGGAAGAAGAAGAAGAAGAGGAAUCCUAUGAAGACUCAUGAUGCUCAAGAUGGUACUACGGGGACUAGUAGUAACUCCAACUUGCCAUCUUAG